CAGGGCCGCUGGCAACCCAUUUAACGGCCAUCGUUAAACUGAAGAACUGAUUCCCACCUCCCUUGCUCAGAACUGUCUCUUCCAAGCUCUCUCUCCCUGCUGCUAUUAUUCUUCUUCAGAGACCUGAGUUUUGGUCUUCUCCUUUCGAUUAUCAAAUUGGUCCUACACUGAACUGCCAUCUUUUGCAUGCACGUGGAUGCUUGUUGCUCUGCUCGAAGCGGCUCAGCUCAGAAAGUCCCUUUUUCUCUUCAACUUCGAAGCGAUUACUUCAAAGAUGUGCUUCGCUUCACUGAUAGGAAUUGGGGCGGGGUUAUAGUAGAGGUAGAUUACGCUUGGGUUGCAGUCGCUUGGUGCAAGUUGAAGCUUGUGGUCAAGGUCGAAUAGAGUCUAGCUCUAGAAGUAUUGAUCGACUAUCACUGAGUUCAGGUUCGUGGUUUUGAGGUGUAGGAAUUGAGGAUGUUAAGUCUCUGGUGAUGCGACUGUACCUUCUUGGCUUCAUAACUAGCUUGACACAUCGAGGUUGUGAAUGUUUGACACACUGCAGCGCUGAGUUCUGCGGCGUUGAAGUUCCACGUGGUUGCGAAGAAUUUUGUGGCAUCUGUUACUGUAAGAAUGGGUGAAAUGGCUGCCCGAGCAGUGGACAGGAAGAGUGGGUCUAAGAAGGCGAAGAUGGCGCAAGAGGGGAAGUACCGGGGAGUGAGGAGAAGGCCUUGGGGUCGAUACGCUGCAGAGAUCAGAGAUCCUCAUACAAGGGAGAGGAGAUGGCUCGGAACGUUUGACACGGCAGAGCAAGCUGCAGUGGCUUACGACUUGGCCGCCAGGUCCAUGAGGGGUCUCAAGGCAAGAACCAACUUUGUGUAUCCAACGCACCAGACGUGUUUGAUGUCGGCCGCCCUGGCCGCGUCCAGAGCCUCUGGGCAGUCGAAUGGGGAUGGUUUCUUCGGAGGCACGAGCAGUGGUAAACAUGGUCGGAAAAUGGACUGGAGUAUGGCUUUGAUGCCUGGUGGGAAUGAUGAGAGUGUUGGUGUCCCUGGCCGCAGCAAUUUCAGAGUUGGGCUAAUGGAUACAAUGCCAGACCCUCACAGUGAACCGGCGUACAGGCACAUGUACGAAACAGUGGAGAGGCUGGCGAGCGCCAUCAGUGAUCCUCGACCGAGGAAUUCACCACAUAAAAAUGAUGACUUUCUGAGAAAGUCUGCAAACAGAGAGACGAUAGAUGACUCAAAAAGUUCUGAAACUCGAGAGCAGUGGGCUGUACAUGACGUUCAAGAAUUUAACCGCUGUCACGGUUUGGAGCAAAGUAUUGUUGAAAGCUCUGUGAUGCGCGGAGGACGCGGAUGUGUUACAGUUGAAGUAUCAUCUCUUGAGGGCAAUUGUCUCGGCGACCAACCAACUUCACACUACCAGGUAACGGUAUCUAAUGGUUCUACUUUAACCAGGAAUGAUGACCCACUUCGUAGCAGUGACAAUGCGCAGUCCUCGCGAGCCUCCUGCUCAUCAAAGUUUUACGAACAUUUGGCGGGUACUCUUUCCCAAGUAGUCUUCAAGUAUGUCAACGUUGAUAAGGAGCUCCCCGCAGUUGGUUCGAAUUCUGUACACAGGAGCCUCGUUGACUCCAGUAAUUGUUUUUUAACCACUGAGGUCUCUCACUCUGAAGACUCCACCACCUUACCUGUGUCGUCCUUUGUGGACACUGCGACUUCACUAGAUUCUGCACGGCUCCUCUCCAUACCAGUCGAGGCUCUGGAGCCAUGCUCUGGAGCUGAGAUGUUUUGCAACAGCCCCAUCUUCAAUCAAAACAACGAUAAAUUGCAGAGCAUUUUCCCAUCCACUGUUAGUUUUGCGAUGCACACCAACGACCAGCAAGCAGAUUGGCCUUGCAGCAAUUUAAACCAGCCCAGCGUGACCCAUCUCGACACAUGGAAUGGAGUCACAUACGAACCCUCAGAAAGCUGGGGUAAUUUGUGUGAACUUCCAGCUGUUUGGCAAUACUACGCUGAUCCUGAGAUGGUGGCGAAUGACAUGGAGGGUGAGAUGAUUGACGUGACGCACGAACUGGCGAUGAGGACGUCAAGUGACUGCCGGAACUUCCAGGACAAUGACUGUGGCGAUUGCUUCACGGUUGGAAAUUGGGAAUUCUCUCAUUGUGACACUGCAGAAUCCUCAAUGUCUGCUAUCAACGGUGACGAGUAUUUUUGUAAAGAUAAGUAUACCAAUCACGGGGACCAUGUGGACAUGAGUUCUUUCCGGAUUUGAUACGAGGACCAAAUGAACUACCAAUUUCCGGGGAUGAACUCGCCACGCUAGAAUCAGCUAUUGAAGUUCUCUAAACAGGGUGCACUUUCAGGAGCGUGAACCUCAGAGCUCCUGUGUCUGGAAUUGUUGACGCUCUUCACGGCUUUCUCUAGUGUACAUAUGAGUUUAGGAAGAGCUACAACUGAAGCUGUUGUGAUUUUACUAGUGUAUAUACUAAAUAGUACUCGGGAGUCACACUUGUAAACAAUGAAAAGACAUUUCAGACAUGUUUCGAGAGUCUGCCACUUUUUUGUCCGUAAUUCUCAAACCGUGGAUGCAACGAUGCAAGGAACACACACUUGGUCCAAGCAGCGACAGUGAUGAGCAGUGUUAUAGCACCGUCUGUUUCCAGUUACAACCCUACACUCCCGUCUUUCGUAGCUAAUCGAUUGUGGGAAACUUCUCAACUGUGGUAGACCUUGAGCUGCAGACCUGGAGACCAGUAAGCUUGCAGGUAGCAAUACAAUCGGAGGAAUAUGCCGUUAAAGUCCA